AAUACUCGGUUAGGCAUGACUAUCUUACCCAAGGCAUGUCGAUGUCGACUUAGGAAGGUACCGUAAAUUACAAGCAUUCGCACUCUCAUAGCCUGGAUGGAGUGUUACUCGCAUGUUUGGACAUGGCUAAUAAGCUGGCCCCUUUUUUUGCUGUGGGUGUUGGGUGUUGGGUGUUGGCGUGGAUGGUUGGCGUGUUUGGGCAUGGCUCACCCCUUUUUUGCUGUCGGUUGUCGGGAGACGCGUUACUGUAGCUGCUGCGGACGGGAUCGGUACUCGUCAAGGUUACGGGGAGGAGGAGAAAAAAGACGGCGGCUGGAUACCUACUUGGCCAAAGUACGAAUAACCUCGAGGCAGAGGAUAUUCUCGGGUUUACCUACCAAGACGUCCUUAGCCAGAUUCAUAAUCCUGCGCAUCCAUACGAAUUGUCUUGUUUGUAUAGUUAUAGGAUUUCGUCUGCUUAAGGAGCCCACUGGACCACUUAAUGGUCCAUGCACCACCAGCCUACCCCCCACCAUAGAUUUUCGCCUGCGGGCAGAUAGCUGAGAUUCUUCAAGCAAUCCACCACGUUUUCCAGUAAACUGUGCACCUCGCAUAGUAUUUCGUCUUGUUAAGGAGCCUAGGCCAUGCUCAAGGAGGGACGUCUACAGUUAGAUCACAAAGUGAGUGAGACGGCUUAUACCCAUCACCACGCAUUCACUAAAAUAAACACAGCGAAGCAUUUGCCGCGGUGCAGUAAAAAGUCAAACGAUUGGACGGCAUAAGGAAUGUAUUUGCGAAUACCCCGUACAGGAUGGAUACCAUCGGAUGGUGGCGCCGUCGGCAGCGCCCUAACGGUCUAACCACCUACAUAGUAAGCAGAC